AAAGAGGACACUUAAACCCUGAACAAGACGAGCCUUUCCUCUGUUCUCUGGGAGCCAACAGGUAUAAUCAGGACGACUAAAAUCAUCCUCUUCCUUUGUCAUCAGCAUUAAUCUGACUUCCUCUCCAGUUUGAGACCAUGGACACAGCUGCAGUGGUGACUGUACUGGCUCUGGUUCUGGCGAUGACUGGCGUCAGUCAGGCUCUUCACAUCCAAGACAGUCUGGACAAAACUGACAUCCUGCCCGGCUCGGAGGAGAAGAUGGUUGACCACCUGCUGGGGCUGGAGAGUGAAAACAAAGAUAACAGCUUUGAUGAUCGUCUGCUGACCACAGUGCUGAGAGCUCUGCUGCUCGGACCUCAGAGAGAAACCAGGAACUCUGUACUCCAUCAGCCACAGAGGUUUGGCCGUGGCUCCAGAGGGCAGGUAGUGUCGGAGGAUCAGAUACAUUCUCGUGAUUGGGAGGCUGCCCCCGGUCAGAUCUGGAGUAUGGCUGUGCCCCAGAGAUUUGGAAAGAAAUAAUUUGGCAGGCGGAUCCACACAUCACUGUCCUGGCAUAAGGCCAAGCAGUGGGCAACUGUGGAGAGACAAAAUUUUAAUGAAUAAAUCUAAAUUAUAUUAAAACUAUGAUGUUUUUUUAACAUUGUCCCAACCUUUACAUCCAACAUUACUUUACACAGAACGUUUAGUUAAAGAUGAUAUGAGCUUCAUUUUACUGUUUUUUUUUCAGAUUUCCAACACUGCAAAGCAUGUAGAUGAGUGCCUAUUAAGGUUUUCUGAGCAGACCUCAUUUGUCAGUUGUCAAAUACAUUGCUAAUUUUUUUUGUCAUUCUUCUGUUCUCUGAUCAAAUAAAAGA